UCACUUAAUACGAUAGAAUGUAAGAGUAACUGCGUAACUGGAAGAUAAUACCAAGUAGGUAGAUGACAUGCACAAUAAACUCCAUGUUAUAUGAACAGCAGCCAUUUUGAAAAUUAUUACGGAAGUUUGGAAUAACAAUAACUAAAUUUUAUAUUUGACAAUAGUAUGAAAAUACAUUGAAAAACGUACAACCGGAGUUUUAAGCAGUUUUGAAAUGAUAUGUCGUCCUAAAGCAAAGUGACCUACCAAGUGCUUGAUGGAGAGGCCAAAAAAGAACAAAAAUGGAAGAAACUACUCCCAGGAUGGCCCAACGGAGAACAUUUUGCAAGAUAGAAAUAGGAGUAUGGUGCAAGCGAACCAAGCUAAUAACAUUCUACCGGAUCAGCAAAAUAAUAUUUCCUCAGGCGGAGCACUACUUGGUGGACGACAAUCACGAGACAAGCCGUGUAUUUCAUCAGCUCUAGAAACAAGAGGCCAAGGUGACGGGCGAGAGGAGACAAGACCAAGUGAAAGUGUUCAAGAGGCGGACGUCUUCAGACAAUAUGGUGUACCACAUGGUCUACUGGUUUCACUGAUACGUAUGAUGUUACAAUGGUUGCAGCAAGAAAACCGAAAUCACCAACAGUGGGUUCAAGAAGAAAAUCAAGAGCAGCUGCAACGGCUACAUCAGGAGAACCGAAACCAUCAACAGCGGGUUCAAAAUGAAAACAAAGAGCAGCUGCAACGGAUAAAACAGGAGAACCGAGACCAUCAACAGCGGGUUCAAGAUGAAAAUCAAGAGCAGCUACAACGGAUAAAACAGGAGAACCGAAAUCAUCAACAGCGGGUUCAAGAAGAAAAUCAAGAGCAGCUGCAACGGAUAAAACAGGAGAACCGAAACCAUCAACAGUGGGUUCAAGAUGAAAAUCAAGAGCAGCUGCAACGGAUAAAACAGGAGAACCGAAAUCAUCAACAGCGGGUUCAAGAAGAAAAUCAAGAGCAGCUGCAACGGAUAAAACAGGAGAACCGAAACCAUCAACAGCGGGUUCAAGGAGGAAAUCAAGAGCAAUGGAUUAAAUGGGAGAACCGAAAUCACCAACUGUGGAUGCAAAGCAAAGAAAGAAAACAACAUAACCAAAUGCAACAGGAAAAUCAGGAGCAUUUUGAGCAGCAGCUUCGACAACUACGACAGGAACGUAUAAAAGACUUGCAAUUAAAACAGAAAGAAAAUCUAAAUAUGCAUAAACCUAUCACAGCAAAGUCUUUUGUAAUGGAGCCACAUUGGAAACAGCGAGACGGAGCUGAUUACUCAGACGAGGGAGGAGGUGACAUUUGUUGCAUGUGCAGAAAAUGCAAAUGUUAUUGUCAUAUACAUGACAAACAAAUUAUACACGGGGUAGUAAAAGACAAGCAUGAAUUAGCUGCUACGAUGGAACGCGACACUGGACAUCAUCGCAUGGUACCCAGAGAUAAAGUGAAGAAACUAACUGAAGCUGAUGGAGAUGAAAUUCACUGUAGAAACGUUGUAUCAAGAGAUAUGGCUCAUAGAGAGAUGGACAUCGAUAAAUAUAUAAGUAUUGAGGAAUCAAGGCAUGUCGGGCGGAAUGAUAUAACUGGUAAAGUGGAUACGACCUUCUCUGUCACAAACGGUGUUUCAGACUCUGAUAUUCCGAAGGGAGAGUCUAAUGUUAGCACAAAGAAGACGCAUCAGUAUCCAGAUGAUGGGACGUCUGCGGUAUGCGGAGGUAACCCUGAAGAUCCAAGCGAUGGAUCAGACAGUGAAGACGAUUCUAAGAAGGAUCGUGGUGCAAAAGAUGACGAUUCUAAGAAGGAUCGCACAAAAGAUGAAGAUUCUAAAAAGGAUCUUGCACAAGAUGACAGAGAAGAAAUUGACCUCAACAAGGAUGGAAACAAAGAAGAUACUAUUUCUGGCUGGAGGAUAGAUACAAAAGUUUGGAAAGUAUGCAUUGAAAUGAAAAAUGUACAAGAGGCCAAUCGUUUAUUGAAUGAAAGAAUCCUACCUGACCAGGAGUUACUAGAUCGUGGUUUAGAAGUAUUUGGUAUUUCUUCGAAAAUUGUGCAAAACAUAUGCGCUGCUAUUUGCUGUUACAUGAAAGAAAACUUUCUUCAUAUUAACCACGUCUGCCCUGCGCUUGACUAUAGACACGAGUUAAGCAACAAACAGAUCACAUUUGUUAUCUACAGAGCACGUCCUCAUGAGAAUGAAGCAUUUGAAUAUCGGUAUUAUAUAAGGCAUAUUAAUGAAAUAUCAACGAGUUGUUCAGAAGAAAAUGAAUUUAUUACAGAACUUGAACAAGACGUCCCUAAAGAAUACGCCAAAACAGAGAAAGUUGUAGAAUGCUUAAACAAAAAUUCAAAAUCCCUUAUGGAACAGCACACAAAUCUCACUAGAGUUUCUAUUGGUUGGUUUAAAUCAAAGGGAUUUGCAACAAAACAUCAGAAUAUAACACAGAAGACUUGCAUCGUUUUGUAUGUGCAGGUAAAAGGGUUUGUUCCCUUAAAUGAGACCGCUUUACCGGAAGUAAUAGAUGGAAUUGAUGUCGAUGUACGUGAAUGCGUUGUCUUGCCGUACACAUUUCCUAACGAACACCAUGAACAUAUUAAAAUGGGUUGCGCUAUACAUGGCGGAUUGAGGAACGCACAAGGGCGAGUUCUUGGGGGAACGCUCGGCGGGUUCUUUGAAGUAGGUGGGGAGAUGUAUUGUAUUACAAGCGCUCAUACUUUUAUGUCUCCAGCAGACAUGGGUAAAUUGAACCAGUGUGGGAAAUUCUGUGACCUAGGCCCAGGAAACGAUAUUGAAACGUUUGAAGCUCACCAACCAGUUGUAGAAGGAUCAAGAUCGUUUGGUAAAGGGGUGCGUGCUGUUUAUAAAGAAGGUGGCAAUGGCGAAGCUGGAGUAGAGGCAGUGGUAAUUAAAGUACAGGACAGAUUUCCCGUUUCUGGAGAGUUUCCAGCAUGUCCAUAUCGUAGAAAUCCAGGAAUCGACCGUCCAAACUUUUCAACUGGGAAAAUGUGUAAUCGAGAAGAAGUAAAUAGACUAAUUAGAAGUAAAACACUGACGGUUGUAAAAUUUGGUUGCUCAUCAGGUUGGACAAGAGGAAGUUUUCGAUUUUCUGCUGGAGCGGCAAGAUGGAGCAAUAUGGUAGGAUCGAUUCAUAAUUUUGGAAUUUUAUUACAUAAUCAAUUCGAGAUAGAGAAUAUUGGAGAAACACUUUUCGCUGAAUUUGGGGAUUCUGGUGCAUUAGUGUUUACUGAUGAAAACAACGAGCUUUCAGUUAUAGGUACUGUUGAAGGUGGAACACCAGGCGUUAUAUAUGUGACACCAAUUUGUGAUGUGUUUUCAGCUUUGGAAUUGCAAAACGUACAAAGCACGAAGGAAUUCACAUUGCAUUACCAAGACAUACAAAAUAUACCAAUGGAAAUUAGAUCGGACUCGUAUUCAUCACGGACUAUAACAGAUAGAAGUGAUUCAGGAAUAUCGACAAACGACGACGCUGUUCUUAAACAUAUUGAAGAAAAGUUUAAGACUUUUGAUCAGGAAAUAACACAAGAGGUCGCCAGGCAUGUUCAAGAAAUAAAACAAAACAUGAACACUAGAGUAAAUCAAGAGUUACGUCCUGUAAAAUCUGAAUUAAACACGCUAAAAACAGAAGUAACUUUACUUAAAUCCGACAUCACAAACAUUAAAUCGGAAGUAGAAAAAACAAAGUCAGAGUUGAAGCAGGAUAUAGAUAAAUCAAACACCGAAAUUCAGAGCAAAAUGAAUGUUAUGCAGGAACAAUUUAAAGCGCAGCUGCAGGAGCAAACUAAUUCUAUAAAGAACAUGCUUUCCGAAUUCUUUCGGCCAAAUCCUGCGGCAAACGCUUCGAAUACCAAUCUACAUAAAAGAUCUUCAUAUUAUAUUUACUGGCAUGUUCAAUAUUUCUUUGUAUUGGAAUCCUGUUUUUGCUUUAGAGAGAGACUUUGAAGUUCCAUAAGGCUCUUAAUUGUAUGUUAAAAACAGAUAAUGCUGCUGUCCAAAUAGAAACUACACAUAAUUAAAUACUAAGAAAAAUGUUACUUUCAAUAUUACACAUGAAAUUAUGAAGUUAAUGUGGUCACAAAGGGAGAUAAUCAAUACAGUACAUUUUAUCGUACUUUCUAAUAAUAUGUUAAUCAUAUAGUAAAACCUAUGAGAAAUCCAUGAGAAAACAAUUAUCAAACAUUGGAUUUAACAAGAAAAUAAUGUAUUCUAUGUUCAUAACAAAAAAUGUGGCCGUCACAUUUUAAUCAAAGGCAUUAUUUAAAAGAUAAAGACAACCGGAAUGUCAGUAUCUUUCACGUCAAUGCAUAUAGGCAUUGAUAGAAAUUCCGAAGAACCAUCUUUUAAAGGAGUCAUGCAAAUACAUCUACUGGAAAUUUAACAUGCAACAACAUGUAUAAAGUAUUGAAUUUCGUAAUUUGAAGCUCGUUCUCAAAAAUAAUAAAUGCAACAGUCAAAAGGAGAGCUCACUGGUUCACACUCAAAUUGCAGUGUUGAAAGAGACAUUAACAAUGACUGUUUUGAGCUUAAAACUUGAUGUAAUAUUAAUGGCACAUGGUUAUUUAUCUGACCAGUCUCUUGCUGUAGUGAGUUUUGAGUCAUUUUGCUAAUUGCAUUUUUGUAGUGACUGUCUCUUGAAACACUGCUUUUAUAUCUAAUAUAUUUUUGUUACACAUUUCACGAAUUAAAUAAUUUUCUCUUGCAAUAUUUUACUGAAAAUGCUGUUGACAAGUACUUUGUCUUUUUAUCUAAGAUAUUUCUAAAGAUUUUAAUUCGGCAUUUUCUAAAACGGUUAACAUAAAUACAAGUGUAUUUAUAUCAUAAAAGCCAUGAUAUGUUUGAUUAGAUUAGUUUGGCAUUUUUCCUGCCUGAUGUUAUUCGUGGCAGUAAAGUAUCUAUAUUAAACCUAAUCCUAACCUAUUGUCAGUGUAUUGUACGCUCCAGUGUACUACCUAUAGUUAUAUUCGAUACUGCAUAUAUUAGUAGUAAAAUUUGAAGAAAAAAAGAUUUAGUCAGAUGCAGGACUCAAACUUGGCAGCUGGACGUUUUGUCCAUACGGCUAUAUGCACAUCUGACAUUAUGUUAAUUAAAAUAUAUAUUAUUGUUAUUAUAUUAUUAUUAUACCAGAUUUAUAUAGCGCCCUUUUCAUGAUCAAUUUCACGUUCAAAGGCGCUUUAUAUAUAUGCAACAGUCAUAUGGUUAUUUUUGUUCAGUUACUGAAAAUUAAUUUACGGAAAUAUACUGAAUAUUUAUGAAUGCCAGGGCACUGACACCACACUUUGACAUGCUAACAUGGCUUUUCGAAAUAAUAAAAAUACUGCUAUGAGGAGUUAAUUUCAUAUAUUUACAUACACUAUAUAGUUUGUGUGGAAAGAAAAAAAAACGUUUAUUUACGUAUAAACAGCAUUGGCGUAACGAUAUCGAGAACAGUUCUUUCCGCGAGACUGCACGUGCAAUCUGACGUCAUCUAUAAAAUUACAAGAACAAAAUGGCGUUAUUCGGAAAAUUAUUAUCAAAACUGGACACCAAAAUAUCAAACAGAAUAGUACAUUUUAGCUAAACUAAUAAACGUGAUGGGGCGUUUUAGGUCUUCUAUCUACACGUUGAAAAGAUCGAUAUCCUGUAAUCUAUUUUGAUUUUUUUGUAACUCAUGGAAAGCAGACCUCUUUAUUUUUGCAGCAAGCUACUGUAAAACUUAAGGAGGUAGGAUACCUUGUUACAAGGGUAAAUUCAAAUUAGUUGAACCGCAGCAUCUUUUUGUAUUUCGUGUAAUAUGAAGUUUUAACUGCUACAAUCUCAAUUUCGUUCGUCUC